CCAUAUGACUUCAUGCAUUUAGAGAUGCAACAUUUUAGGUUUCACGAAAUUGUUAGCUAGCUCUCAUACGAUGAAAAGAAUUUUACAAGACAUUUAGGGGAACACAAAAAAGUAUUAAAAUGGAACGGUUACUGGAAUGGCAUCUGUAGUGCCUCUUGUUCAUGCGUUGAGAAGUGACAACGUUAGCUAGUUCGCCAGCUAAAAACAGGCUAGCUAGCUUUUUUUUUUUUUUUCGAAUGGACAAGCCUGUGAAACUGCUAGCUAGCUAGCCAAAAGAAGCCUAUUGAAGCCUAAUGAUUGUAAUUUAGGGGAGGCUUUUUGCUAAAGGAAUUGCAAGGCACUUCAUCUUCUUACAGUGAUGGAGGAAGUUGAUAAGAUUUUAAUUCACUCGCUUAGACAGACCGGCACGUAAGUAGUUAGCCAACAUUAUCAAGAACCUGUUGUUGCUAGUUAGCUAACGUUUGCCAGCUUGCUUGCUCCUGUAGCUUAUUUGUGUCUCUCUUCAUUGAUUUAGCUACAUUCAAUGACGUUACUCAUCAGAGCCAAUAUCUCAGCUGAUAUUUUCCUUGUGAACAUUUGCUGAAGUGUAGAGAGCUAGCUAAGUUAGCUAGAUUCAUUCACACUUGUACAAUUUUGUUCUAACAGCUGGUUGUUUUGAUUUUCACUCUGCCAAUCUGAAAAUCUUUGAGCUAGUGUUUAGACCAGAAUUCUUCCAUAUCGGUCAAGUUAGCUACACUACACAUUUUUGAAUGUCAUUUGAAAGAGUAACGUUAACCGGCUCAUCACAUGACUAGUGAGAAGUGUGUGUGUGACACAAAUGGGAAGUUAACUCCGUGCACCUGCACCUCAUGCUCUGUGUGUUUGCAAAGGGACGUGGGGGAGGAUGUGCAGAGUGUGAAGCGCUUCUCCAGUGAGCUCAUAGUGGAGGCGGUAGUGAAAUGUCUGCGAGUGAUCGACCCGGCCCUGGGGAGCGGCCUGUCCCCCUCCUUACCCCUCAGCAUGUCUGCCCGCUUCCGAGUAGGCAUGAGCCUGGCACAAGCCUGUCAGGACCUUGGCUACAAGGGAGAGAUUGGCUACCAGACCUUUCUUUACAGCAAUGAGCCAGAGAUCCGCUCCCUGCUCAUGUUCCUGGUGGAGAAGCUGCCCAGAGAAAGUGCUGAGGCCUUGGACCAACCAGCAGGUAAAUCGGUCCUCCUCCAGAAAUUGAUAGCUGCCCAGAUCAAAGCUCAGCUGGCCUUGCCCUGGCUCCCUCCAUCCUGCAGACUACCCCUCCUCUGUAAAACACAGAACCCAGGACCGUCCCACAGUUUCCACUCUCAGACCCUUAGUUUACCGCACUGCCUCAAAGUGCCUGGGAAAAAGCAAUUGAAAGAGGAAAAGGACUACCACAGGGACUUUCUUCCCCCUGUGACUGCCCAGCCGUCGCAGCAUGCCUCAGUGCCGGCCUCCCUGCUGGAGCUGCAUGCAGAGGAGCUUAGUGCCGCCCAGGAGUGGGAAAAUGAGUGGAACAGCCAAGGCCUCCUCUCCCGCCUCACCCCCGAGGAAUAUCGCUCCAGGAAGCGCGCCCGUCUGCAUAAGCGUAUCGAAGAGCAGCUGCGCGCUGCGGCCCAGCCUCGCCCGGACAUACUCUGUGCCCACAGGUCGGGCUCUGAUCUCACAGAGCUUCUGCAGUCCUUCGGGGGCUCCACCCUCGGUGGUGACAUCCUCGCCAAGGGCACCCGCUUCACUCACACCGAGAAAUUCACUUUCACACAGGAGCCUGCGAAAGCCUCCCAGCAGAUGGCAGCAGCGGCCAGCUCCCGCCCCAGCUCGCAUCAGUCGGAGGAGGACCUGCAGGCCCGACAGCAGGAGGAGCUGGCCUCCCUGCAGCAGCAGCUCCAGCAGCUCUCCCUCAGCCUAGAGGAGGUGGGCGGAGACAUGAGGCAGCUCACCGUAUCCAUACUUCAGGUGUCAGAUGAGCUGAAGCAAAAAGAGCUGAGCAACGCGGAGAAGGAGGACUCUGUGCGGAUGAAGAAGCAGACCAUUGACCUGAUGCCUGACGUAGAGAACAACCUGGCCAAGCUGCAGGCCCUGGUGGAGGGAAGUGCCAAGCGAGUGGUCAACCUUGCCACUCAGUGGGAGAAACGCAGAGCUCCGCUCAUCGAUGAGCACCGCAGGCUCAAGGAGCUCUGCAGCAACCAAGAGAUUGAGUCCUCCAGAAAGCUAUCUGAAAUCAAAGAGCUUCACAACAAAAUCCGUCAAUCUGCGGAGGAGUCCAAGAAGAAGGAGGGACUGUAUAAACAACUGAUAACAGAGUUUGAGAAUCUCCCGAAAGAUGUCUCCCGCUCAGCGUACACUGCGAGGAUCCUGGAGAUCGUUGGCAACAUCAGGAAACAGAAGGAAGAAAUUACAAAGAUUCUGUCUGACACUAAGGAGCUGCAGAAAGAGAUUAACAGCCUGACUGGGAAACUGGACCGAACGUUCGCUGUGACUGAUGAACUGGUUUUCAAGGAUGCGAAGAAAGACGAAUCUGUCCGCAAAUCCUACAAGUACCUGGCAGCCUUACAUGAGAACUGCACUCAGUUGAUCCAAACUAUUGAGGACACGGGCACAAUCAUGAGAGAGAUCCGAGACCUGGAGGAACAGAUUGAAACUGAGAAUGGUAAGAAGACUGUAAGCAACCUGGAGAAGAUCCUGGAGGACUACAAAGCCAUUCGCCAGGAGAACUCUGCUCUGGCUGCCAAGAUCAGAGAGGCCUGACAUGACCCUCCUCAGCAUGAUGCACCGUAGUGGCCGCCUGACUUGUCUGCUGGUCAAACUGACUGGAAGCAUGCCCUCAAGACUGCCUGUCCUGUGUGUGUGUGUGUGUGUGUGUGUGGAACCAAGAAAGCACACUUCAUCUGGUCUCAAGACGUUCAACGCUGUCCUUUGUCCACUGUUGCAUUGCCUUCUGGGAGCACUGACAGCACAUGGGGGAGGGGAGAUAGAUUUUUGUACAAUUUUUAAUGCACAAACCUUGGCUUACCCAAAAACCAUGCUGGAUAUAGAAAAGAUGUGUGAUGUAUAACAGCACAGCGAUGAAUUAUACUGGCCUUGCAUCCCUGGUGUCCAUACACUGGUUCCAUAUUGAUUCCACCCAAUCAAAAAAGUAGUUUGGUAAAUGAUCCUCUCAGACUUUUUCUAUUAGAAAUGUAUAGUAGUUCUUCAAAAUUGCAGUAGUUCUGAUAGAUCCAUCAAGUAAAUGUCUUGAUGAGCUACUUUGAAAUGCGCUGCAAUUCAGGUGAAUUUCUUCAUGUUGGCCCUCGUUCACCAGAAUAAUGCAGUGGCUAGGUACGGCCUAAGUAUCCAUUGACUUGUGCUGAAAGAAAUUCAUGCCAUAUUUUGUCUUAACUGAAGUCGAUAUGGAGAUACUAGGUUUGUCCUUUCUAGUUCAUUCUCAUGCCUUGAAAUCAAAUGCUGCUUUUGUCUGUCUCAUUGGCUCAGUGUUAUUUGGCUUAGGGAGCCUUGGUGCAAAGUAAAUGGCCUCACCUUUUGAGCACUGAUCUCCUGAAAUGGUCUAGAUUAGAAAACAAACCACAUUGAUUGACAAUGAAUGGAAAUGUGUAUAAAAACAAUACAAAAUGUUUGUCAUAGCAGAAAAUUAA